AAAAGCAGCUGCUGCAGCUCGAAGUCAGAGUGCUCUGAGCUUUGUGUUGUCUGUCAGCAGCAGGUUCCAGGUCAGCUUUAACUGCAGCAGAAUGAGGGUAUUGUGGAUUUCUCUGUUGCUGGUUGGAAGCAUCACCUGUUUUCCUCAAGAAUCAGGAGGACCUGUGUGGUACCCUGCUCCAUCCUCUGGAGGCUCUCAAGAUCCCCACCAUAAACCUACUGGGCAGUCUGGUUCUGGUACUGCUGGCUCUCCAGGAUUUUACUACAGCAGCGGUAGCUCCCACCCUGCUUCAGAUACCAGCAGCUUCUUCAGUUCUGGGGCUCAGAGCCAGCCUGAAUCUUCAGGAUAUUCCAGCUUCAGCAGCAGCUUCCAACCUGCUUCAGGUGCUGGUGGGGCUCAGCAGAGCGGCCAGUCUGGAUUUCCAGGCGGCCAGUCUGGAUUUCCUGGCGGCCAUCAGUCUGCACAGGGGGGCUGGAGUUCAUCUGAUGGUGGCGACCAGGAGCCCGACAUCACUCCCGUGUCUGCCGAGGAUCAAGUCUACGCUCACAAAUCUCGCUCCCAGUACAGGAAGAGUAACUUGAGGUUCCACCAGUUCAUCUACAUCCCAACAGAACCAGCUAAGGCCUACGAGCCAAUAUUCCCACACCACGGCAAAGGCCAGGUCCACAAGGGCUUCUGAAGAGGUUUCUGGUCUCCAUGCUGCAGAGGUGCUGCUGCCUCUAGCUGAUGACUCAAUAAAAUGCUUUUAAUGUU